AUGGUACGGAUUACUGAUUUCCCCACCGAACUACUACUUAUCAUUUUUCCUCAUCUUAAAGUAGCCGAUUUGGUGGCAAUUCGUGACUCAAGAACCACCGCGGACGUCAUCGAAUGCGUAGACUCGUUGUUGUUUGAGUGUGUUAGUUUUGUCUACGAUGCCGAAUUAGAUUUAGAUGAAGACAUGCUGGAUAUAUUAGGGGAUUACAAUGAGGAGGACGAUGAUAGUGAGGAUGAAGAUAUACAAGAUGAGGAGGACGAUGAGAUGAUUGCGUCGGAUGAUAGUGAUGGGAUGUGGACCGAUGAGGAGUUCUCAUCUGGUGAUAUGUCAUCUGUUGAGGGAUCUGACACCACAUCAAGUAUUGCAGAUCAUAGUAAUGAAGAAGAUGAUCCGCUUAAUGGUGAUGAUGAUGGAGAUAGUUGGCAUGGAUUUUCUGAUAAUGAGUCUCAACUCAAUGAUAACUCUGAAGCUGGUCCAAUUAGCGGAUCUGAAAACAAUUCAACCCUUACGAUUGAUAAUUCCCCAGUGAUUAGGAUGGUACUAAAUGAUGCUAACCAAGUAGAGUUUGGUAGUGGAAGUGGGGAAUAUGAAGUUGCAGAUUUUGGUCCUCCAACUGAACAUGAAUUUGUAGAUUAUACAGCUCAAUCUAUUGAUCGACUCACUGGGACUUCAAGGCCAUUAGAAGAGCCUCAGGAAGGCAGUGAUGUCCCACUACUGCUAGAUGAUGAACAGGGAGAAUUGCUGCCAAAAUAUAUCUGCACAUCUUUGCCAUUUAGGUACUUGCAGUUUCUGAAUGCCUCGGGAAUGCUCCGAAUCCAUGCUCGAGACGCUGAUCUUUUGCAGCAAUUCAAUUAUCAUAUUAGAGAAGUAGAAGUUGAAGGAAUGGACGUUAUGGAACCUUACAACUGGCAUGAAUCAAUGCGGGUGGUACAAUUCAUCAAUUCACUUCCCAGACUCUGGAAGCUUACAAUUGAUGCCGUAUCAUUUGGCUCAAUUAAUGCUGAGGUGAGAAAUCGAGUGGAAGACUUAUCAUUGUUCGCACCAGCAGGGCCAAUGACCAAUCUUGAAGGAUUGAAUAAUUUGAUAACGUUGGAAGUGGAAGGGUUUGCCAUUGAAACGUUGAUAAAUAUGGAGAAAUCCACAAAACUAUGGAAAUUCAUCGCUAAGAAUUCCAUGAGCUCGGCAGUAAGAAUGCCAGGGAAAAUGGAAAGUUUGAAGAGUAUUACCUGUAACACCAGUGAGAUCAGCACGAUUGAUGGCACAGAAAACUUUGAAAAUUUGGAAUUACUUGAUAUCAGCGAAAGUGAGAUCGAACAUAUUUACAAUGUCAAAUUCCUCACAAAAUUGAGAGUUUUGGAUAUCAGAGCCACCUUAGUGUCUGAUAUUUCUAGUAUUCAAUUUUUGUUGAAUUUGCAAUCCCUUGAUAUCAGCAGUUGUGAAAUCCAGGCUUUAGGCGAUUUGGAACCGUUGAAAAAUUUACAGUGCUUGUUUGCCACGGGCUGCUCUAUUUUCGACGUGGAUGUUGAUUUUAAUAAAUUCACAAACUUGAAAAUGUUAUGUCUUCUGUGCAACGGGAUAUCAUCGUUCAAGAAUAUUAACGCGAUUCCAAACUUGGAGACCUUGAUUUUACAACAUAAUGCGUUGCGGAAGAUUGACUAUCGUUUAAAUUAUCCGAAAUUAAAACUUCUUUCCAUUGGACAAAACUUCAUUAAGAAAUUCAACCAUUUCGACAAUUUGGAAAGUUUGGAGGAAUUAUGGGUUGGGGAGAAGAUGAAGAUCGAGAUCCCGGAAAAGAAAUUGAGUCGAAAAGCCCCUAAACUUGGAGGUAAGAUUUAUAGAAAGGAUAAUGCGUAUAUUCCACUGUUCAGCUUUCCUGAUUUGCAAUAUGACAUUAAUUAA